CCGAAGCUUCUUCGUCCCCUUUCGAGCUUUUCCGUCAAAUCUUCCCGGAAGCAAGUCGAGAUAGUGUUUGAUCCUGAUGAGAGGCUGAAUAAGAUAGGCGACCAUGUUGACAAAGAAGCUCCCUUAUCCAGGCUUAAUCUCUUCUCACCUUGCAAGAUUAAUGUUUUCUUGAGGAUAACCGGAAAGAGGGAAGAUGGGUUUCAUGAUUUAGCCUCUUUGUUUCAUGUGAUUAGUUUAGGAGACACAAUUAAAUUCUCAUUGUCACCAUCAAAAUCCAAAGAUCGUCUGUCUACUAACGUUCAAGGAGUCCCUGUUGAUGGGAGAAAUCUGAUUAUAAAAGCACUUAACCUUUAUAGGAAGAAAACUGGUAGUAACAAAUUCUUCUGGAUUCAUUUAGACAAGAAGGUGCCUACCGGGGCUGGACUCGGUGGUGGAAGUAGUAAUGCUGCAACUGCACUCUGGGCAGCCAAUCAGCUCAAUGGAGGUCUUGUCACUGAGAAGGAACUCCAAGAAUGGUCAAGUGAAAUUGGGUCAGAUAUCCCUUUCUUCUUCUCGCAUGGAGCUGCCUAUUGUACUGGGAGAGGUGAGAUUGUCCAAGACCUUCCUCCAACCGCCAGCAUUUUCAGUUCUUCCAUCUCUAAAACGUUUGAAGCAACGGAUAAUAGCAUCUGGGCGCGGGGAAUAUGAUGCCGUAUUUAUGUCUGGGAGUGGAAGCACUAUUGUCGGUAUUGGUUCACCAGAUCCGCCGCAAUUCAUAUAUGAUGAUGAAGAAUACAAGAACGUGUUCUUGUCUGAAGCAAACUUUAUGACUCGUGAGGCUAACGAAUGGUACAAAGAACCUGCUUCUGCAACUGCUACUACCUCAUCCGCUGAAUCUCGCAUGGAUUUCCAAGGAGAAAUUUCAAAGUUGUAAUAAAAGUUGUGUAGGAUUGAUUUGAAGGUUGUACUGCUUUUGUUUCAAAGAGUGGUCAACUAGAGGAGAAGAUGCUUUAAAUAUAAGUAAAAAAUAAGACAUAUUCACGAAUGAUAAUCAAAGGGAGAAGCAACCACACAUAAUUCAUGAAACCAUUUUCUGUC